CUUCGGAAUACAGUGUCAAAUUGGGUUAUAUUUUGUAAAUAAGCACCAUCGCAAUUCAGAUUUAAGUGAUUAAAAAUAUAUGGUUUCCAUUGCAAAAUGUUUAAUAAUUUUCUUAAAAAGAAAUAUUUUACAGUGCAACUUUUAUCAAUAUGUAAAUAUUCAAAGAAAACAGAUUUCCAAGUUAAUACAACCAUUGAAAAAUUAGAGAUACAUAAAACAAGUAACAGAAAGUUGAAUGAAAAGCUAGAAAAAUCCGCACUAACUGACACUUUUGGAAGAUAUCAUACAUAUUUAAGGAUUUCGUUAUCUGAAAAAUGUAAUUUAAGAUGUAAAUAUUGUAUGCCAGCAGAAGGAGUAAAAUUAACCGCUAAUCAAAAUUUACUAACUACAGAAGAAAUGUUAUAUUUAGCAAAAAUUUUUGUUAAAAAUGGAGUAAACAAAAUUCGUCUAACGGGUGGUGAGCCAACAGUUAGAAAAGACAUUGUAGAUAUUAUUGCGAAAUUAAAAGAAAUUCCAAAAUUAAGCAAUGUCGGAAUAACGACUAAUGGUUUAGUAUUAACGCGUUUGCUUGUACCAAUGCAAAGAGCUGGAUUAGACUCAAUUAAUAUUAGCCUUGAUACUUUGAACUCAAAAAAAUAUGAAGAAAUUACAAGAAGAAAGGGUUGGGAAAGAGUAAUAGCUGGAAUUGAUCUGGCAAUACAACUGGGGUAUAAACCAAAAAUUAAUUGCGUUUUAAUGAAAAAUUUCAAUGAAGAUGAAAUUUGCGAUUUUGUUGCAUUCACUGAAGAUAGAAAAAUUGAUGUACGCUUUAUUGAAUAUAUGCCAUUUUCAGGAAAUAAGUGGCAAACAGAUAAUAUGGUACCAUUUCGGAGGGCCCUAAAUAUUAUAGAGCAAAGAUGGCCCGAUUUUUAUGCUCUUGAAAACGGUAAAAACGAUACCUCAAAAGCUUACAAAGUACCUGGUUACAUAGGCCAAGUAGGAUUUAUAACAUCCAUGACCGAACAUUUCUGCGGAACAUGUAACAGAUUACGGCUGACAGCUGAUGGAAAUUUAAAGGUUUGUCUGUUUGGAAACAAAGAAAUUUCGUUACUAGAAGCUAUUAGAAGUAAUAUGCCUGAACAUGAUUUGAUUUCCUUAAUUUCAAGUGCAGUCCAAAGAAAAAAGAAACAGCAUGCAGAUAAUCAAAAUCUUACAUUUUUUAAAUGUUGCUCAAGUUUCAAAACAAUAUUUGGAAAUUUAACAUACUUAAAAUUUAAAACACAGUUUAGAAGCAUGGAUUUGAAUGCAAUACGCUUUAUAUCAUCUACUCCAGUAAACCGAGAGAAAAAUGAAUUCCAAGUCAUUCCAAAUUUAUCUCAUGUUGAUUCAGAGGGUAAAGCUAAAAUGGUUGACGUAUCCGACAAGGAUUCUACUCAAAGAAUUGCUGAAGCAACGGCAACUGUAUUCGUUGGACCCGUGAUCUCAAAAUUAAUUCAAGAAAACGGAAUAUUAAAGGGAGACGUACUUUCUCUAGCGGAAAUAGCUGGUGUAUUAGGAGCAAAAAAAACAUCUGAGUUAAUCCCUUUGUGUCAUAACAUUUUCCUUUCAGUUGUGCAAGUGAAAGCUGAAAUAAACCCACACAAUACGAAUGAAAUUACAUUAUAUGCUAUUGUAAAAUGUCAUGGAAAAACUGGAGUUGAAAUGGAGGCUCUUACUGCCGUUUCUAUAGCAUCAUUAACAAUUUACGAUAUGUGCAAAGCGGUAUCUCAUGAAAUUGAAAUUAAAUGUAUCAAACUGCUGUCGAAAUCUGGUGGAAAACGUUCAUAUAGGAAAAGUUAGUUUUGGUUGAAUAAAAUUGCAUAGGUUAGGCAUCAUAGGUAUUUCUCUUUUUUAAACAAAAUUUAAGGCAACAUAAAUAAAGACUGUAAGUUUUUAUUUUAAUUUAGAUAAAUAGUGAAUUUCUUUACAAUAAAUGGGCUCAAAACUUUUUUACAUUGAA